GGCGCCGGCGAAACGGGCUCUGCCUGCCUGCCUGUGGACCCGCGCUCUCCACUCAUCGACGUAGCCACGCUCGACGUAGUCGUAGUAGUACGCGCGCAUCGCGGCGGCGACGGCAGCGCCCAGCGUUGGCUUCCCCAAUCGGCGCCCGUUUUGCUGCUGCUGCGUCGGCGGCGUCGGGCGAGCGUGGCCCCGUGCCUUCUUCUGUUUUGUAUGUGAGCGGCGUGCGCGCGUCGUCCACUCUGUGGUGCUCGCGCCCGGUGUCCGGUCACCCAGUGCUCUGCUCGGAGGCAUCGGCGGUGGUUGUGUGUGGGUCAGUCUGCCCUUCGGUGAUGCGGUGCCCUCUUCCCCGAUGAUGAUGUGUUGCGUGCCGCCCUGGUGGUGGCGAAAUCGGCGGCGUCCGAGCGGGCCCGCCUGCGUGUCUCCGGGAUUCUCCUGCUGGUCACUGUCGUGCGAGCCGAUGGCUCCCCGCGGUCCCACCGCCUUCCGGCGUGCUUCGACCACUUCGUGAGCAGCUACAGCGGCGAUCUCGUCCCCGUGUUUGUGAGUCAGCGGCUGCUGUUUCCGAGUGGGAAGCGCCUCUCGUCGCCUCCGGAGAGAUGCCAUCGGGCUGGAGCGAGCUGGCGCUCCAAUGCGUCAGCGGUGGCGGCAUCUGCUCGGUGACGGAAGGCAUGGAGAACCUGCGCGCCCAGAAUCCCACCGUCUCGUCACCCGCCAGCGUCCGCAUCAAGAACAUGCCGCGGAACGCCGAGACCGGGACGCGGUUCCCCAAGCUGGGAGAAUGCGCCCACUUCCACUACGACAUGAUGGACCUGGGGACAGUACAGAUGUCCCUGGUGGAAUGGAGCGCCGCCGGGCGAGGCCACGACGAGGCGGACAAGGAGAAUCGCGAGCAGCCCGCCAACCAGCAGCAGCCGCAGUCGCAGUCUCAGCAGCAGCAACAGACUCAACUACAGCAGCAGCAGCAACAGCAGCAACAGACUCCGCAACUGCAGCAGCAGACUCCGCAACUGCAACAGCAGACUCCACAACUGCAACAGCAGACUCCACAACUGCAACAGCAGACUCCGCAACUGCAGCAGCAGAGCCAGCAACUGCAGCAGCAGACCCAGCAGCAACAGACGCAGCUGCAGCAGCAGCACAGCAACGAGAGCUGCGGUGGUUGCAUGCCGGCUCCUGCGGGCAACUGGUGGGCGGUCCAGGUGACGAGCCGCGAGCGUAGCUGGACGCUGCGGCGCUCGUACGACAACUUUCGGCUGCUGGACGAGCAGCUGCACCGGUGCGUCUACGACCGGCAGCACUCGCGCCUCCCCGAGCUGCCGGACCCCGCCGACCUGCCGCAGGAGCCGCAGGAGCGAGAGGUGCUGGUGCGCGAUCUGCUGUCGGACUACCUGUGCCGCUUCUCGUGCCUGGUGGGCAACCUGGUGAGCUGCGGCUCGGUGCUCAACUGGCUCGAGCUCGACAACCGCGGCCACCGGCUACUGGUGACGGACGAGUCGGCCAUCAACACGCCCGCUGUGGCCGCCGCCUACGUCACGCGCAGCUACGCAGCCCAGGCGCCUGAUGAGAUCUCCUUCCAGGUUGGGGACAUGGUAUCGGUGAUUGAUAUGCCACCGGCAGAUGAGUCGAUGUGGUGGCGUGGAAAGCGAGGCUUUGAGGUUGGCUUCUUCCCAAGUGAGUGCGUGCAAGUGAUCGGCGACAAAAUUCCUCACAACCUGAAGAUUCCCACAAAGCCAGUGUUGCGGAAGCACGGCAAGCUGAUUGCCUUCUUCCGGUCGUUCCUUCUGUCGCGGCCCUCGCGGAGGAAACUCAAGCAAAGUGGGAUCUUGAGGGAGCGGGUCUUUGGCUGUGAUCUUGGCGAGCACCUCACCAACACUGGUAGAGAUGUGCCCUUGGUGCUCUCAAGUUGUGCCAAAUUCAUUGAACAGUUUGGGAUCGUGGAUGGCAUUUAUAGGUUGUCUGGUGUCACAUCCAAUAUCCAGAAGCUAAGGGUAACCUUUGACGAAGACAGGGUGCCAGACCUGAAUGAGGAGGAGAUACGCCAGGACAUACAUUGCGUGGCCUCUCUGCUGAAGAUGUACUUUCGAGAACUGCCCAACCCGCUACUUACGUACCAGCUUUAUGACAAGUUUGUCGCGGCCAUGCAACUUCAGGGCAACAACCAGUUGCUGCGCAUCCGGGAGGUGGUGAAGGAGCUGCCGCCGCCCCACUAUCGCACUCUCGAGACGCUGGUGCGCCACCUGGCAGUGGUGGCCGCUCAUGGAGACCGCACUGGCAUGACCGCCAAAAAUGUCGCCAUCGUCUGGGCACCCAACCUGCUCAGGUCCAAAGAUCUGGAGGUGGCAAGCGUUGGUGCCCUGCACGUGAUAGGUGUCCAGGCGGUGCUGACCGAGUACCUCAUCUGCUACGUUGAUCUCAUCUUCAACGACAAGAUGCCGACUUAUCCAAGCAGCCCUGAAUCCGUAGAGAGCACUCCUCGAAGGGGCAGCAGGCCCAAGUCUCUGGCCAUCUCUACCCCCACCAAGCUGCUUUCACUAGAAGAGGCCCGCUCACGGGCGUUGUCGUCAAACUUGCCUGGCAACCCACAGCAGAAGUACAUCGAUGUGGGUGGUGGACCCGAGAGUCUGCCAGCCAAGUACCACACAGUCAUUGAGCUACCCCAUGGAAAACGAGGUAGUGGCAAACUCAAGAAGUCCCCGCUGGGAUGGAAGUCAUUCUUCGCACGUGGCUGGCACUCGGGCAGCACCAGAGAGAAGGACAAGCAUGGACCGGGCCUGCGCAAGGCCAGCACUGGAUCGUUGCCUCACCACCAGAGCCUGCCAAUACAGGACAAAGCACUUACAGAGGCAGACCUUACACACAGUGCAUCCAAGCAGCUUAGGAGUGUCAAGAGUGCCGAGUCUCUCAUCUCCAGUGGUGGGCACUCAGGCCGAAACUCCGAUGUCCUGGACUCUUGCAAUUCGUCUUCAGAUGCUUCAAGAGUUCAGCCAUUCCAGUGGCUUCCUGAAGGCACACCUGCCUCCUCUCCAAGUGGUCCACACAAACACGUGCGCUCUGUCUCCCACGACUCUUACUUCGAACGGGGUGGCCUGGACAUGUCUCUGGAGGAUGUGCACGCCGCGUUUGGGCUCAGUUCUCAGUACAACGGUGCUCGAGUCGACCGGGGAGCAAACAGCCAAGCUGCUCCGCCGGUUGGCCCGCAUAAGUCGCCUCGAAAGCAGAAGCUCUGUCCUGACACUGGCGAUGGUGCCAGCCCCAAGGUGCAGCGGCUCAGUGAUUGCUCACAGGCCCCCACAUUCCACUCUAGUCAGGAAGCCACCGUGGAAGGCACAUGUACCAAAAUGGACACAGCUCCUUCUGGCCACCAUGCUUCCUCUCAUCCCCAGCUUCCGACGUUUGCGACAGCUUCCGACGAACAGACAGCUGACAAACGGCAGCAGUCGAGUCGCUCGCUGACCCCCUAUACGAGCCGACAACCAAUGGCUGUACACAGCCCCGACGAUAUUGAACCGUACACGUCUCCGUCGCCUCAAGAGUACCCGCAGCCACCAAGCCACUUCAGGAAUGUGGAGGUACCCCCACCUCACCAUAGCAAUGAGAAGAUGGUUCUUGUAGAAGUUCAUGCCGUCGAGGAAGGUGGUGACUCCUCCCGUGAAAUGAUUGAUGGUGGGCUCAUCUUUCAUCGCCCUUUUGUUGAAGAUGUUGACGAGACGAGUGGUCGGUGUGAGAGCACGGGCGGUUCAACCGACUUCGACGAAUCCGAAAGCAAUGUUGGGACGAGUUUGUCCCUUGCCGAGGACAUUGCAACUUCGCUUAAGAUGAGCUGCUGCCAGUUUGACACAGACUUCCUGGUUGGCGACACGCGCGCUGCAAGCCUCGAAACAAGCUUUCUCAACCGUAUGAGUGCCUCGCUUCCGUAUAUUGAGGACACUGACACAUCGGCAUCACCCUUGUCAUCGCCUUGUGCUGGGUGCGAGUUGCUGCCCCAGGAUAUGUCAACCACAAGGUCAACACCAUCACCCGUCGAUGUGCAGCAGAGUGAUGUUUGUGACACCAACAGCAGUGAACACAUGAGCUCGUCCUUUGUGGCGGCUUCGGUUGUGGAUGAGAGUCUCGAGACCCCUGUGUCUGUGAUGCCAGAGGACGAUGGCCUUCGGACGUUUUCGGACAGUGAACUGCAUGGCCUGUGUGGAGGGGUUGACAUGGUUCAGAGAGUGGAAGCGUUGAACAGCAGUGUUGUUCCUGCUGCUGAAGGUGGAAGUGUCGUGGCUGUUGAUGGACAGAGUUCCUCUUCAGAUGAGGAGGAGGAUAAUGAGGAAGCUAUGCCAUACUCUUACUUAGAUGAGAGCCCAUUGUUGAGUGAUGCUUGUGUUGGCAUGCUGCAUUCUCAAAGCCAGGACCAGAACCUUUGCCUCCUCUCCCCUCAGGAGCCGACAGCUGUUGAGGAUGAGAGAGAAGUUUCAGGUCCAGCUGAGAUGAGUGAUAUGGCCCAAGAAAUAUUGGGCUCGGCUGAAGAAUGCAGGAUGCAGGUAGAAUCUUGUGUAAUCGAACCAGCGCCGAUGUUGUGUGACAGUGGUGCAGACACAGGGCAGGCAGUUUCUGGGGAAAUGGAACACACACUAUUAGAUUUUAGUAGCGACUGUGGGGAAGGACCAAAAAACAUUUGUGAUCAGGGUUCACCUGACACUGGGAAGAAUUCUCUACUUAAUUCUAGUCCUGAAAUCUCACUUAAUUCUACUUGCUUACCUGACCAUGAUGUUGUGGCAGGAUCCAAUUUGGAAAGUGCCACUCCCUCCAAUUUGCAAAAUCCUGUUGAUACCACUGACAUGAGCGAGACUAAUUUAUGUAAUCAAGGAACUGUAGUCAUGGAUGACUUAGCUGGGAAACUUCAGCAAAGCGAAGGUGUUGAUUCAGACCACACAAAGGAAGUAGAACCACUUGAUAGUGUUAGCAAGCCAGUUGACUUAGCUGCGCCGAAUGAGUCAAAACCACUGAUUGACUUCAGUGAUGAUGAGGUGCAGCUCAGAUCAUCACCGCGACAAGUAAGAGUAGUUGAAGCAAAGCGAAAGUCUGAAAUGGUGAGAUCAAAUGGCACCGGUGUAGAUACUGACAGAAAGCGCUUAUCUGAACCAUCACUCUAUUCCCGUUCAGAGAAACGAGGCUCUGUGAAGGAACUAAUGUCGAAGUUUGAACCAGGUGAUGCACAUGGCACUGCAGACUUAAGUCCCUCAAAAACUUGCCAGCCUAGCCUGUUUACACAGCUCAAGGUUAUGCGGCUACAGUCACUUAAAAACCCAUCAUCUCCUUCUGCAAAUUAUGAUCCUUGGUCUGACCCCAUUCUUGACCAAGAGGAUCAAGAGGAGAGGCUGUGCUGCACUGAGGAAACUUCCAGUGUUAGCACUGUUCCCAAGAUUAAUGCACUUCAUGAGGGAGUAGGAGCAGCGCAGACAACUCAACAUUCGGCUUCAGAACCACAGGCCAGUAAUUCCACUACGGAGAUUGUUUUGGACGUUGCUGUAACAGAUGGCACUGCGAGACCUUCCACACUUGAAUUGCGGAAGGUCAAUGUGCCGAUCCAGGCUGAGGAAAAACGAACUGACCCGGUCCUGCCUAAGCCUGAAGCGACACGUAGUGCUUCAGUACCAGCUGUUGAGAGUGAGGUGAGUCGCAGGCGGAUCGAAAAGAUCAAAGAAGAGCGCCGUGCGCAGCUGAGGGAGAAGCUAAAGUCCGAGGGCUGCCGCUCUCAGUCAGAUGAGGCGGUCACAACUAAAGCAGAAGUGAAGCUCAGGCGGACUUCGGAAGAUGUCGCACUGUGGAACAUGGACGUUGUCCCGCUUCGGCAAGUGAAUCGUGAGAACGAGCGGCAUCAGCUAUCGAGUGUCAGGAGCUGGCCGAAGCAGGCAACUCCAGGGGACCAGAGAAGAAGAGACUCCACAAAGCAAAUCGCCGUCGACGUUGUGGAUAAAAAGCCGCCGCCUGGCAGAACUUCACCAGUGAAGACAUCACCUGUUAAGAGUUCGCCUACGAAGACCUCGCCUCUUAAGUCAUCACCCGUCAAGUCGCAACCUACGAGGUCACCGGCUCAGCAGACAGAGACCAUUGUGCGAAAGCAGGAUCUUUCCCCGCCAAAGCGUAUCCGCGACAGGGCGGCCAUGUUUGAGUGCCGCAGCCAAAAGGAGCAGGCACGUCCGGCACCACCGCGGCUCGCCCGGGCAGAUCUUUCUUCGUUUUAAGAAACUGGCCACCAUUCCACAGCGCCUGCUGCAUGUCGCUUUCUGGAGUCUCUUAUUACUCUUCACCUUCUAUUGGGUGAAAAAGCACCCUCAUUUAGGUUCCCACUGUGUCGUCGCAAGUGAGCAUGGAGAAAAAUGUUUGGUGCUACUUUGUCGUAGUCUUGUUCUGCGUGUAUGUUGUGGGGCACCGUGUUGUUACUCUUGCAAGCAUUGACAGCAUUUGGCAAACUCUUUAGUUUGUAGAAGAGUUAAAUGGUGGAAAUAGCGUGAUGCUGUGUCGUUAAUGACGAACAAAAAUUAGGGACCUUCCAUGACGUGCAAAACUUUGCUAGCUUCUUGCCAAGGGCUUGUGCUAAGUAGGGCUUGAACAUUUUAUCUGUCUUGCAAACGUAAAAACAGCUUCCAACUGAAAAGCCAAAGUAUGCGUAGUGACAAAAGCAGGGAGUGUCGCUUUGCUGUACAAUAGCUGUUCUCCUUUUUCCAGUAUACUGGUAACUGCGCUCGGUGAAUGUACAUGUUGUAUGUUCGUCUUCUUUCACAGUGCACCGAGAUUACGUCUUUUCUUUUUUUAUUCAUUUAUACCAUGCGAGUGACAUUUUUGUUCAUGCCUAGAAAAUGGGGUUCAAGAGGUGAAGUACACUUGUUGCUUCUGUUUUUUCUCGAAUCUUAAUUUUGUUUUUACUUUCAUUGAAAGCUGUGUACAUACUUGUUGCUGGUUUUUAUGCUGUAAUAAGAUUUAUAUAUAUAUUAUAGAUAUAUACAUAUGAACAUUUAUGAGAAAAAAUAUAUAUGUAUGUGGCAUCAUCAUAACAACACACUUGUGGCCUGCUUUCUUUUAUAAGCAAUAUUUAUGCGUAAUUCACAUGCAAAUCACUGUGGUGAUGCGGGGCUUCAUUAGGUAGGGGAGAGAACUCUGCUACCAAUAUGUGGGAGCAAAUGCUUACGUUGACAUUGUCAUGCAUUUGCAUGAACAGCAAGUAAAGUUAAAUAAAAAGCUCUGCAGAUUAGUUU